AUGUCAGAUUGGGGGCCAGUUUUUGUGUCAGUGGUGCUCUUCAUUCUCUUGACUCCUGGUUUGCUUAUUCAAAUACCUGGUAAAGGCAAGAUGGUGGAGUUUGGAAGCUUUCAAACUAGUGGAUUAUCCAUACUCGUUCAUUCGGUUAUCUACUUUGCUUUAGUUUGUAUUUUCUUGUUAGCUAUUAGAAUCCAUAUGUACAUGGGGUAA